GGGCCCGUUCAGUGUAAACAGCGUCCGCAGACCGUCACGAUCACACGCCACACGCAUCCCGCGCCGCAGCGAUGAUUGUGUACGGAAACGACAACGACACGCGCCGCCGACGACCACAUAUUGUUGUUAAUUUAUUAUCGUUAGUGUACCGCCUGUAGGAUUACCCGUACGCACAGUAACGCAAUGCUGCCAAGGAUAGCCAACUUCGUGGCGGCGACGGUGCCCAUACUGCUGCUGCUGCUAGUCCAGCAAUUUAGGGACGCGUGCGGUUCGUCUGCGUUUGCGUCCGGCGACGACGACGCGCCGGCAAUGUGGUCCAGGUUUGGCCUGGUGGUCCAGCGGCAGACCGACCCUGCCGCCGGCAUGCCGCACACCACCGAGACGUCCGGCAUCAUUAUCAGAGCCCCCGACCCGCCAUCGCCCGCUGCCCGGGACGCCCUGGGCAAGUCCUGGACCCAGAUAUCCGUGACUCCGCCGCCCCGGCCCACAGUCCCGGCCACGUCGGCCGUUUUGACGGCUUCCACGCCGAUAAAGUUCGCCUCGACGUUCGUCACGGGCCCGGCGGCCACCACGUCUACCUCGCGGCCACCGACGUCUAGCACCCAGGUGUCCCGAAUGGUGCCGUCGUCCAAGUACAAACAUACGGACGGAUCGUCCAAGCCCAUGAUCACCAUAACGUUCCCGCCUCCCUCGUCGGCCCACACCGUCAGUCCGUCGGCCAGCAUGGAGGUGACGUCCAAGAAGGUGAGACAAUACGAGGACGACGACGACGAUGACGACGACGACGAAGACGAAGAGGAAGAUUACGAGGACGACGAUCAAGGCGAUAAGGACAACGAGGAGGAGAUCGAGGAGAUCGUCGAGGUGCAACAAGUAGACCCCGACCGCCUAGACAGUGGUUAUGCCGAAGACAAGCCGACCAUAGUGACGAAGAAACGCCGGCGAAAAAAACACGGCAAGAAACACAAACCGUUCAAGGUAAAGGACUUUAAAAAGCUGAAGAAGUUCAUGCUGCCCCUGCUGCUGGCUUACAAGCUCAAGUUCUUCACGCUGGUGCCGCUCAUGUUGGGCGGCUUGGUGCUCAUCGUGGCCACGACGGGUUUCGCCGGUUUCUUUUUUGCCCUGUUCGCUGUCGGGCUGGGACUCAAAGGACACCGUUAAUCACCUAGUCGGAAGUUCUUUUUAGUGCGGUACUACCUACACUACUAUUAACCCCACGACGAAGACGAGGUUGCCAUCAUAGCGGCGGCGGCAGCAGCAGCAGCAACAGUAACGCUGGUUUUCAUAUCAUGAUGUGAUACGUGCGAACACACAAUGAAGAUAACACACAUAUCAUAUUAUUAUCAUCUGUCGACACCAUUGCUCAAACUCUAUAGUUUUGCUUGAAACAUAUUUUAAAUUUUCAUCAUCUGUACAUAUAGUUCAUAAUUAUAUAUUACUAUAAACAUUUGUUUUAAUUUAUUUUUGCUAAUAACUGUGACUGUCAUAGAUAUCUAUACUGUCAUAGAUAGUUGUAUGUAAUAGUUAUUUAUAGAAAUAUAAUACAUGCAAAGAAUUGCCAAUUUUUUGUCGAACAACGUGAUUAUAAUAUUACCUAGAUUUAGACCAUCCCCGUGUAUAUACAAUUAUAACAUUCGAUUUACAUUAAUCAUUACGUUAUAUUUAAUAGUUGUAAAAUAAAUAUUGUACAAACGACCCCCCUCCCCUAAAGUUAUAUAUUUAUUUCAUGAUUAAUAUUUAUACAUUAAUUAACUUAUUUGAUUUUAAUAAUUAUUUAUGAUUUACAUGUUAUUGCAAAAUUGAUUAUUCAGCUAAAAUAAAAUUGUAAAUUCCGUGGCUGUGUCAUGUAUAAGCUAUUAUGUUAUUACAAAGUUGACCGUCAAGCUUAGAUCGUUGUAUUGGUAUAGCUCUAUCUAUAAAGGUAUAUUAAGGUAUAUUAAGAUAUACCUUUAUGGCUAGAGAUUUAUUAAGAUCUAAGCUAUAUAAGGUAUAAUUUCUAUGGUAUUUGCUACUUAGGGAAACUAAUAUUAUUGCAUUGUCACCAUCAUUAUUGUUUAUAAUAUAUUAUAUACGCAACUUAUUUAUUAACCAUUAUACCUACUCAAUUGGGAUUUUUUAU